AUGUCUAUCCUCGCCCGCGGUGGGGCUACUCUAGUUCCACAGUUCAUCUACUCCGCUCACCGUCAAGAUCAAGACCUUUACCACGUGUUCGUUACAAAUCAGGCUGAGUAUCACACAUGGCUGUUCAUGAGAACGGUUGGUGUCAGCUCAGCGGACUUUGGGUCGCCUAAGGACCGACUACAAGGGAUCGUGACUCCGCGGAAGGAUCCCGUCAGGGCCAUCUUGGCUCUGGCAGCAAUGCCAUACAAUUCAAUCACAGCUACUUUCAACCUUGGCCAGUUCUGCAGUACUCUUAUCAUCAUCAUCACCAUGACUGAAAAAGCCAACAAUGACGCGCCGUGGUCCCUUCACGGCAAGGCCGCUGUCGUGACCGGUGCCUCAAGAGGUAUUGGAAAGGCCAUCGCCAUCCACCUGGCUCGCAAGGGCCUCGCCAACAUUGCCAUCACCUACGCAAGCAACAAGGCUGCUGCCGAUGACACCAUCGACAAGUGCCGCGCUCUGGGGGUCAAGAACGCAGUUGCGAUCAAGGCGGACGCCCUCGAUGGGGAGGCAUGGCCUAAAGUUAUCAAGGAAUCCCUCAGCAGCCUCGGCAUAUCAACAAUCGAAAUCCUAGUCAACAAUGCCAUUGUUGGGGCAGUUGAGACCUAUAAACCCACGACCGAGUUCAGCCCCGAUAACUUCUCCAGUAUAAUGCUUGCAAAUGUCUACGCUCCAGUAGCUACCACCCUUGCCUUUAUGGAGUACGCGGCGCCUAAAUCCGGCGGGCGUGUUAUCAACAUUUCAAGCGUUGCGGCAAAGGGUUCCAACAACGACCCUUUGAUUACUUAUGGUGCCAGCAAGGCGGCCUUGGACAGCUUCACGAGGUCGUUUGCUGAUUCCUUCGCGUCCGAGCGGGGUAUGACUUUCAACAGCGUCAUUGUGGGACCAACUGCUACGGACUCUUUGUUGGAUGGAAUGUCCAAGUUACCUGAAAGUUUUAAGCAGCAGAUAAUGGGGCAAGCCUCUGCUGCUCCGCGACUUGGGGAACCUGAAGAUAUCGCUUAUGUUGUCGGGUUUUUGGCCAGCGAGGAAGGGCGUUGGGUCAAUGGUGCGGCUAUCAGUGCCAAUGGCGGUUUCAGGUCGGUCUUGGCUGCCCUUGGUUGA